CUAACCAAAAACCUUACUCCUUAUCAUUCUCAUCUAUAACAAAAAAAACUACUCCUUAUGAUUCUCAUCUUUAACCAAAAAAACUCACACACAUCCAAAAAACCAAUCUUUAACCAAAAAAACUCACACACAUCCGAAAAAACCAAACCAAGUUUUUCUAGUCUUUUACAUUGACAUCAAUCAUCACAACAAGAUGGACGUAGAACAUGGAAUUAACACAAUUGAUGUCGACGACGAUGGCCGUAACAAAAGAACUGGUAAUGUUCUCACUGCAAGUGCUCAUAUCAUCACAGCUGUUAUUGGGUCUGGAGUGUUAUCUCUAGCAUGGGCCGUAGCCCAAAUGGGUUGGAUCGUUGGGCCCGUUGUUCUUUUGAUCUUCUCUUUUGUUACGUGGUUUGCUUCUACUUUACAGGCUGACUGUUACAGGAACCCUGUAACUGGUAAAAGACAUUAUACUUACCGAGAGGCCGUAAGAUCUAUUUUAGGUGGGAGAAAAUACAAGUUAUGUGCCCUAGCUCAAUAUUCCAACUUUGUAGGAGUGUCAAUAGGCUAUACAAUUACCGCAUCUAUAAGCAUGGCGGCUGUCAAAAGAGCUAUAUGCUUCCAUUAUCACGGCCAUGAAGCGGGAUGCCAUACACAAAAUAAUCCAUAUAUUAUAAUAUUUGGAGUCUUACAAAUUAUUCUUAGCCAACUUCCCAAUUUUCACAAGCUUUCAUGGCUCUCUAUUGUCUCUGCUGCUAUGUCAUUUGGUUAUUCCUUUAUAGGAAUUGGUCUUGCCGUAGCCAAAGUUGCAACUGGAAGCAAACCAAGAACAUCGUUAACAGGAGUAGAAGUUGGCAGAGAUGUGACUGGCUCUCAAAAGACUUGGAAUAUUAUGACAGCAAUGGGAAAUAUGGCCUUUGCUUAUGCUUUUUCCAUGGUUCUAAUUGAAAUUCAAGACACACUAAAGCCAAACCCUCCAGAAAAUGUAGUGAUGAAGAAAGCAAUCUCCUUUGGUGUUUGGAUCACCACUUUCUUUUAUAUGUUGUGUGGAGUUGUUGGUUAUGCUGCAUUUGGGAAUGAUGCUCCUGGAAAUUUCUUAACUGGUUUUGGUUUCUAUGAACCAUAUUGGCUCGUUGCACUUGCCAAUGUGUUCAUCGCUGUUCAUCUUGUUGGAGCUUACCAGGUAUUUGUGCAACCACUAUUCAAUUUUGUUGAGACGCAAUGCUCCACUGCAUGGCCGGAAAAUAAAUUCAUUACCGAAGAAUAUCCUGUAAAACUCCCCUUUUACGGUGUCUACCAUUUCAAUUUUCUUAGGGUGGGUUGGAGGACCAUAUAUGUCAUAAUCGUGACUAUAAUUGCAAUGAUUUUCCCAUUCUUCAAUGAUAUUGUGGGUUUAAUGGGCGCAUUUUCAUUUUGGCCACUCACCAUAUAUUUUCCAAUACAAAUGUAUAUUGCACAAGGCAAGGUUCGCAAGUACUCUUCGUCAUGGAUUUGGCUACAAAUCUUGAGUUUUGGGUGCUUGAUUGUCUCUGUCUUAGCUGCUAUUGCUUCUAUUCGAGGUCUUAUUGUAGGUGUUUCAAAUUUGAAGCCUUUUCAAUCUGUAUCUUGAUGUUACCUUCCUAUUACAUUAUGUAGGACUACAUUAUUGGAAUUAUAUACUUUUGUUUUUAAGACAAAC